GAGAGGUGGAGAUAAUGCUGUGGGACUGUGAGAGGACGAGAGAAUCCAUUUCUCUUCUCUCUGUCUCUCUCCGCUUUUCAUUCAGCCAGUCUCCUCGGUAUCCGUCCACCCAUCUGUUGCCUGAGGACUUUUAUUAUUCUGCUCUGCAGUGAUUUGGUUUCUCGGGGAGUGACAGAAAAACUUGAAAAGAAGAAGAACAGAAGAAGAAGAAGAGGAUUUGUUUGUGAUCUCAUUUACUUUGAGGUCACGUCCAAUCAUGUCAGCGUGAUGAUGACUACCUCUGAUUGCCUCUGUCAUCAGGGGGCUGUGAAGGAGGACAGGGCCAUGGCCUCCUGGUUCAGCUGGAAUGAGCCGCCUCACAGGAGCCCCCAGCGGGACCCGGCAGACGUGGUCACCGACACCCUGAUGCUGGAGUUCAGUUGGCAGCUGAAGGAGGCGGAGAGGCUACAGAGAGAGAGAGAGAACGAAUACAGGCGCCUCAAGACCGGAGUGGACUACAGCUGGCUGGCCAACACACCUCGGUCCUCCUACAACAUCAGCACCGGGGAGAGGCUCGGUCUGGAGGAGCUUUGCUCCAAGUUGCCACCUCCCUGCUGCGGCCUGGUCAUACUCAAGUUCAGGGAGAUAAUGCAGACCAACGAACCCGAGGUGCAGGAGGUGUCCGGCCUGUUUCGUUCUGUCCUCCUUGAGGCUUUGGAUCACUCAAAGGAGGAGGAGGAGGCCCAGCGGCUCGCCCGCCAGUGGAACAACAAACGUGCCAUGAGCAUGUCUCUCAUUAACUUCAGAUCCCGUAUCAAGAUCAACCCGUUCGGAAGCACGGUGGGCCUGACGACCACCGUGGCCGAGGGGGCGGGGCUGAGCGACCUCAAAACCGUGUCAGAGGAUGUGGAGAGGGGCAUGGAGAGGUCGCAGAGGGUGUGGAGCAUGCCUGACUUCAGAUACAAAGGAAGUAGCAGCAGUAAGGUUGUCUGAUGUGAGGUGUUCACGGGACAGUGAUGGUGGGACAGAUGCUGAUCUCCAGGACACCUCUGCUGCAGUAUGUCCACUUUGCACCAGACGAGGCGGGAUGAAUCCCACAACCCUCCUACUCUUGUCAGUAUGAGACCAAUCAGCAUUUGAUCCUGCUUUACCUGGACAGGUCAACAUCAGGUGUUUCUCUCAGAUCCUCUGUAACUUGAACGCACUCUUCUUGGACUUGAAACACUCCUUACUUUGCGUGAGAUUAUUGCCUCCUGCUGUGAUGCCUCUUAUAUUUGUAGACAUCGGCAUCUAAGCAUUGAGCGCUGUUUACUGUAGGCCAGGUAGGGAUAUUUAUGUAUUUUAUUAAAGGCUUUUUGGAUAACUGAAUGUUGCAGGAGCACAUGAAAUGCAUUUGUGUUGUUACAUAACCCAACUCAAUGAUCCUUAAAGACAAUGUUUUUCAUGAGAUUUAUGUAUAAACGGUAUGUAUAAAUUGUCAGUAAAUGUCAAUACUCAACAUGAACGUCAUUGAGAGUGAGUCACGCUCUCUUUCUACAGACUGCUCUUUGUUUCCUCCCUACAGCACAACAAUUCAUCAUCCAAGGUCAGCAAACUGAAAGCUUUCCUCCGCCUCUAAGAGAGCGUCAGAAAAAGGAAAGACGCAAAGAAAAAAUGACUAAAAUGUUAGCAGACCUUUUCGAGUGAUUAAACUCUUCCCAGCAGUU